CGGAGGGGUAGAAAAAUCGAGACUCAAUUUUGAGGCCAAGCGGUCGAGUCCUGCAAGUAUAGUUAAUUAGGGCAAGGUGAUACACGCACUGCUUCCUGCAAAUCGGAGAAGAGAAGAUAUGGAGGAACCGCAGAAGGGAUCUGUUAAGAAUCGCCAUCGUCGAUCCAGAUCCGAGGACUUGAAUGUGGAUGAGACACAGGGUUCCAUUGAAAAAAAGAGGAAACUAUUUUUUGAGCAGAAUGUGGAUGAGACACCGGAGUGGACUGUUUUUAGGUUGUUGAUUUCCACAAACGAUGAAGUUGCCAUGGAUUGUCACGAGAGUAAGAUUAAUCUCCUGAAAUCACUUUACGUGAAGAAAAAAGUUGAAGUGGAUUUUCAUUCUGUAGCUACUGGAGUCGGAGUUGUUAUGGUAUCAGCGAAAAAGGACUCUAUGCGCUCCAUUCUUCAUGCUGUUACUGCUUUUGAUGAGGUUCACAGAUAUUUUUUGCACUCCAUGCCUUAUGAGCAGUGCGUAACAAGACUACUUGUACCCGCUGCACAUGCAAAAAAGUUGAUCAUUCUAUACACAAUGAAGCCCCAUCCGCGCAGACUUAGAGUGUAUCUAUCAGGUAACAUGACAGGUUUUUUCCCUGGUGAUGUGAUUGUUGAUGUGAGCGGGAGGCGUGAUUGUGUACUUGAGACAGUUGACUCAGUUGUUUCUUAUCUGGGAGAGUUUGGAGUUGAAGAGAGCAUGAAGUCAGAGCUGAAUAGUCGAAAUGGAAUUCGUCCAUCAAAUCAUGGAGCGUGUGUGCCUGAAAAAGCUGAAAGAAAGUCUUCCACGGAGUCCUCUAUGUUUCAUGAUUGUACGGAAAUUCCCCUGCGGUAUACUGAAGAUCUCAUUGGUAUAGACGGUGCAAAUAUGAAAAAGAUAAGGGAAUCAUGUCCGGAGGCAUCUGUGUACUUGGAAACGUUUACACUUAAACAAGUGUUUGUUUCUGUUAAGGGUAAAUGUUAUUUGGAUGUGAAGGGUGCUGAAGAUGUGUUGGAGGGUUUGAUUCCGGACGAAAAGAAAGAUGGAGAAUACGUUUUUGAGGCCAUGUUACGGAUGACGGCACUGUGGGAUACGGAGGCUGAGAUGGACGACGAUACCUUUGAGGAGGAGGAGCCAGAGUCAUCUGAUGACCCUGUGAUUGGAGGAUGUCAACGCCUGUCUUAUGCUUCUUUGGUGGAAAAGAAUAAUGAUAGAGCAGACCGCCUAAUGCUAAUGCUAGUAGUACUAUUCUAUACUUACUGAAACAACUUUCAAACCUUUUGUGAAUCGCUUUGCUGGUCCUCCGUAUAGUUUUUGUUCACCAAAAAUAUUUUCUAAUAUCAAGAUGAGUAUUUUGAUAAAUAUUUGACACACUUUUUAUUUUUCUCCACCACGCCUACCUUCCCAAAAUUCUUAUUUUUCUCUCUUAUCCGCCAGAUCUACUAACCCUUUCAAUCUCUCUCUUCACACCCUCCCCCUACCUCUUCUUCGAGACUUGCAAGUAUAAUUAGGGCAAGGUGAUAGACGCACUGCUUCCUGGAAAUCGGAGACGAGAAGUUAUGGGUCAUCGUAUCAUCUUCCUCUGAUGCGGGAUUUGGUCAAUUUCCCACGCCUGUAUCGUCCUCGCAGAGGGAGAUGGACCAACAGGGGCUGGAUUCGUCCCCUCAAACCAAUUUUGUGUCACAUAUUCUCACUGCUGUUUGGUUUAUGAACGCUCCAUACGUAGCUUGACUGUUCUUAUUUCCACCAGAGAGAGGAUUAUUAAUUAAAUGCUUCAAAGCCUAGUUUGAUUGUCAGUUCUCAAGUAUUUUACCACAGUAGUACUCCGUAUAUAAUUGAGGGCAAUAAUACAAUACUCUGCUU